UAGCCAUGCACAGUUCCCUCGCGCUCAGAGAGUUCAGACGGCCUCCGUGCGCAAACACCGGAUCGCCUGGAGUGCACCGGAUACGCUUGGUGUAGGAUUCGCUCCUCGGUCAUGCGGCGCGCCUCGGUACCGGAGCCGGCGCGAUCGCACGCACCCGAUGGCGCCACGUGAGUGCGCCGGGACCCAACAUGCGCGACCGAACCGAGCCGCGGGAGACCUGACGCGCGCGCUGACCGGCUGCCUGCUGUGCGCACUGAUCCUCUGGACGCUGCUCGGGAACGCUCUGGUGUGCGCCACCGUGCUGCGCUUCCGUCACCUGCGCGCCAAAGUCACGCACGUCUUCAUCGUGUCACUGGCCGUGUCGGACCUGCUGGUGGCCGUGCUCGUGAUGCCGUGGAAGGCAGCGGCGGAGGUGGCCGGCUUCUGGCCGUUCGGCGCGUUCUGUGACAUCUGGGUGGCGUUUGACAUCAUGUGCUCCACCGCGUCCAUCCUGAACCUGUGCGUGAUCAGCGUGGACCGCUACUGGGCCAUCAGCAGCCCGUUCCGCUACGAGCGCAAGAUGACCCCGCGCGUGGCCUUCGUGAUGAUCGGCGCGGCGUGGACUCUAUCGGUGCUCAUCUCGUUCAUCCCGGUGCAGCUGGACUGGCACAAAGCUGCCGCGGAGCCCAACGCGUCCGACGCGGACAGCUGCGACUCGAGUCUGAGCCGGGAGUACGCCAUCUCCUCGUCCCUGAUCAGCUUCUAUAUUCCCGUGGCGAUCAUGAUCGUCACCUACACGCGCAUCUACCGGAUCGCGCACGUCCAGAUCCGGAGAAUCGCGUCGCUGGAGCGCGCGGCCGAGCACGCGCAGAGCCGUCGGUCCGAUCGGAGCCUCCACCGGAGCCUGAAGACCUCGUUCCAGCGCGAGACCAAAGUUCUGAAGACGCUGUCCGUUAUCAUGGGCGUAUUCGUGUGCUGCUGGCUGCCGUUCUUCGUGCUCAACUGCGUGGUUCCGUUCUGCCACCGCGAGCCGUGCGUCAGCGACACCACCUUCGACGUGUUCGUGUGGUUCGGCUGGAGCAACUCGUCGCUCAACCCCGUCAUCUACGCCUUCAACGCGGAGUUCCGCAGGGGCUUCUCCAGUCUGCUGCGCUGCCGCGGCCGCCGCCGGACUCCGGUGGAGACGCUGAACGUCAGCAACGAGCUCGUGUCCUACAACCGGGAGGCGGCGAGCGCUUGCGUCAACAACAUCCCGCACGUGGUGGACGAGACGCUCGACCGGAUCUCGCAGCUGUCGCGGGGCGACGACGACGACCUGGACGACGCGUUCACGCCGAACGGCAUCCGCUGAGCACAAACUCACGAAAAGUUGCGCUGUUCUUGUCACAUGACCACG